AUGCUUUCGGAAGUUGAAACUGCAGAUACACUUCCUUUUUUCAAGGAUUCCAGCCCGAGUUAUGAAAUCACCGACAGAGAUAAAAUAAUAGCACCAAGCAUAACUGAGGUUGAUUCUGAUCCGGAGAAGUUAAGAGAGAUACGUGGGCAAGGACGGUAUUUUGGUAUUGAGGAUGGUGAGGAUGGAAUAGUAGAGCCACUACCCAAAUGUAACAACUGUUCGCAGAGGGGUCAUUUGAAGAAAAAUUGUCCUCAUGUGAUAUGUUCAUAUUGCGGUGUGAUGGAUGAUCAUUAUUCGACACAUUGUCCAAAGACGAUGAGAUGCUCGCACUGUAAUGAGCCCGGUCAUUACAGACAACACUGUCCUGUGAAGUGGAAGCGUGUGUUUUGCACGCUUUGUAAUAGCAGCAAGCAUUCAAGAGAUAGAUGUCCGAGUAUUUGGAGGAGUUAUUGUCUCAAGGACUCCAAACAGAAAAGACUUAUGCCCUUGCAUCUGAUAUUCUGCUAUAACUGCGGUGGAAAAGGACAUUUCGGGGAUGAUUGUAUGUCGGCUAGGUCUUCUAGGGUACCUAACGAUGACGGUUCUGCGUUUGCUGGAAACAACCUUCCGUCAUCUGUAAGGCAGGAUUAUGGCAGGAAUUUGAAAGAAUACAAAGAGAGGACGGCAAACGAGUACACAUAUGACGACUAUGACUAUGACACCUACGAUUUCAACUAUGACGGUGAGGAUAACUACUAUUAUAAUAAUAACAAAAAUAAGAAACAACCAGCUAUGGACUACGGUGAUGCAAAGCCAUCUAACUUUUAUGCUCCUCCAUAUAACAAAAAGUCCAAAAGGUCCAACUAUAAUCACAGUAAUGGCUCAUCAAACGCACCUGCUCCUACAGUCAAGGGUAAAGUUUUACCACCAAAACCAACGAGAUCACAUCCGUUAGAUUUCCCAAGAAAUCCUAACGUCAAUAUUCCUCGUUAUGGGAGCAGCUCAUAUCAACCCUCAAACGAUAGAUAUAGAAAGUAUAACUCCUACUCCGGUUUCAAAAAGAGAAGGUGA